AUGGCAACCCACGAUAACAAGCCAGCGGACUUUGAGGAACGCGUGUCAUACGUCCACUCGGCCACAACUAAAGACAUUGAUGAGUACGCCGAAGCGAAAUCUCCCAAGGGCCUGGAAGAGGGGGCGCUGGCCGAAGGGGGGGCGCUGGACGUGUUCUCCCGCGAAGCGUUUGCCCUGUAUAUCCAAUACGGCGCCGUCGGGGUCAUCUUCGGCAUGAUCCCGGUGCUCAACUACCCCAUCUUCAACAUCUACCUCAACUUGGAGGGGUACCAAACGGCGUCGUAUCUUGUGUUGACUAGGAUCGGGUGGUCGUUCAAGGUCAUCUUUGGCCUGUUGUCGGAUUGCGUAACCAUCUAUGGCUACCGUCGCAAGUCGUGGAUAUUGAUCGGAUGGACCAUCGCGAUGAUCUGUCUGAGUGUGUUGGCGUUUUUGCCGUUCGGCGAGCCGUUUUGCAAUCGCGCAAAGACCAAAUACUGCAGAGAGGCGUUGGAACAGGUGCCGGCGGCCGAGCUGCAGUACUUCAACGUGGACGCCCCCAACAACGGCACGUUCUUCAUCCUUCUGUCCAUGUUUAUUGCGUUUGGGUACGUCUUGGCUGCGAGUGCGUCGGACGCGAUGGUGGUGGAGUACGCCCAGCGAGAACCUGAGGCCAUCCGCGGCCGCAUCCAGACCGCCGUCUACGUCGUGCGCACGCUCACCGGCAUCCUCGCGUACUUGGUGAUUGCGUUCGGACUGAACGGCCCUAACUACGCCGGAUCGUUUUCGUUUGAGUUGUCGCCGAAUGCUCCAUACGGAAUUUGCUUGGUGCCGUGUGUGCUGGCGGUGCUCUCGACGCUAUUCCUCCUCGUGGAGAAGAAGACUGAGCCCUUGUCCUUCACCCAAUGGUGGGGCACAUUUUGGGAAUCUCUCCAGAGUCGCGUGAUGUGGCAAAUCUGCUUGUUCCGAUUCCUGAGCAACUUUUUCAACAGUGUCACAACCACUGCGGGGUUGCCCAUGACGACGUACUGGGCGGGGGUCGAACCCCUCAACGAUGCGCUCUUCAACAUAUUUGGCAAUAUGCUGUAUGCUGGUAUUUUGGCGAUUGUGGGCAAAUGGGGGCUUAACUGGAACUGGCGCUGGACCAUCGCCGCCGGCACCCUCGGGGUCGUCGUCAUCGACAGCUUUGUCGUGUACAUGAUCAUCUGGGACGUCGUGCGCAACCAGUGGUUCUACACGGGUGUGGCGUUGGCCGAAAACGUUCCCUACGGCCUCCGCUUCAUCGUAGCUACUUAUAUGGCUGUGGAAAUCGCCGACAAAGGCAACGAAGGCGCCAUUUAUGGCCUCGUGACCACUGUGAGCAGCCUCGCGGGGCCGUUUGCCAGCAUCUUUUACAAGUACGUCAACUCGUUCUUCAAAGUACGGCAGAACGACAUCAAGUCCGACACGCUCGAGGUGCGGUGGGACGUCUCGUAUGUGCACAUGAUUUCGUACGGAUGCAAAGUGGCUUCGUUGUUUUGGCUGUUCCUGCUGCCUCCCCAAAAAGCGGAAAUUCAGGCGUUGAAGGCACGCGGUGGCAAGAGCAAAUUGGCGGGGGUGAUCCUCGUGUCCUCGUUUGUCGUCUGCGUGUCGUUCACCGUGACCACCAGCAUCAUGUCCAUCUUCCCCUUGACCAAGUGCUACCGCAUCGCAGGGGGCAACGGAGUGUUGGACCCCAAGACGGGCAAGUGCCCCCUCAAGUAA